CAAAACAAAAACAUUAACCUGUCGUUUUCACGUGUCUCGAUAACAUUCUUAUUUCUUUACUCUUGUAAAAAAUAUAACAACUGAACGAAAACACUGCAAUUACAUCAUGAAAAACUCAUCAUUUAUUAAAAUAUUGCAUAAAGGAUAAGUUAUAUUUUAGUGUAUAACCCACGUAUAACCUUACAUUUAUUUGAAAAAGUAGCUUUUUAAGCUGUCCUUAAUCUUAAUUAUUAAAUAAAUAUAAGUGCUGGAUUUCUAUUUAUAUUAUCAUUAUGGGUAAGAAAAGAUAUAAUGCAAAAGCAAGACAAGUUGUAAACACAAACAUUGAUAAUUCUCGCACACAGGAGAUAAAACUCGAAUUUGCUGCAAGUGAAUAUGGCACUAAGGACCCGAGUAAUCUAUUAGCUUUACCAUCUAAGAAGAGAAAUACAAAGAUAGUCUUGGAAAAGACUGAGAGGACAAGGUUUUUAUCUAAGGCUCAAAGAAAGAGGUUAGAGAAAAUAGUUGAGAAAAAGAAGAAAAAAGCAAAUAGGUCUACAUUAUUGGAAUCCUUAUCACAAGUCCAAGCAUCAUCUGAUGAAGUUAAACAUUUAACCACUAUCUCAUCCAUGCAAACACUUGGGCUGAGGAAAUUGACAGAGAUUAAUUCCGAAGUUGCUACUUUCAAUGCAAAACCUAAAGAGAGUGAUGUGCCUGAACAGAAGAAGUUUAGCAGCAUAGCAGGUGCAAAAAAGCGUUUGCGCCUCUUACGACUAGAAAAUGCUGACAAAGUCAAAAGAAAAAAGUAUGAUCCAAAUAUUGUUGGCUUAGAAGAGACUGAUAACAGUGAAUCAAGUGAAACUGAAGAAGAAAAUGAUGUUGUUAAAGGUGAAGAAACAAUUGAUGUAGGUAAAGGUGAAGAAACAAUUGAUGUAAGUAAAGGUGAAGACACAAUUGAUGUAAGUAAAGGUGAAGAAACAAAUGCUGAAAAAGUGCCAACAACUGUUGAUAUUACUGAAACAGAAAUUGUAGACUCUAUACCAAUAGCAGAUGCUCCAGUUCCAUCUGUUGAAAGUAAGAAGGCCCCAACUGUUGAAUGUAAGAAAAAUGUUACAAUAAAACCCCUUGAUCAUCCCAGUGUUCACAUAGAUGUUAAAAGAGAUCCAAAAAUUCAAGUGGCAAGAUUAAAAUUGCCCAUACUGGGAGAAGAACAGAGAAUCAUGGAGUUGAUUAAUGAGAAUGAAUUUGUGAUAAUUGCUGGUGAGACUGGCAGUGGUAAAACCACUCAAUUACCACAAUUCCUCUACGAGGCCGGAUAUGCAGAGCACAAGAUGAUAGCAGUGACAGAGCCAAGACGAGUGGCCACUGUCGCUAUGUCGUCCAGGGUGGCAUAUGAGCUCGGGCUGACCAGCAAAGAGGUGUCAUAUCUUAUGCGCUUCGAAGGAAACGUCACGAAAGAUACAAAGAUUAAGUUCAUGACAGAUGGUGUUUUACUCAAAGAGAUUCAAAAUGAUUUCCUCAUGAGUAAAUACUCUGUGGUUAUUAUCGACGAGGCUCACGAGAGGAGUGUCUACACCGAUAUAUUGUUAGGCUUGCUGUCGAGGAUAGUGCCGCUGAGAAGAAAACGGGGUGUUCCGUUGAGGCUCAUUGUAAUGUCAGCUACAUUGAGAGUUGAGGACUUUACGGAAAACACAAGGCUGUUUAAAGUACCACCACCUUUGAUUAAGAUAGAAGCGAGGCAGUUUCCAGUGACAAUACAUUUUAACAAACAUACAUACAGUGAUUAUUUAAAGGAAGCAUACAAGAAGGCAGUUAAGAUUCAUACCAGACUUCCCGAAGGAGGUAUUCUUAUAUUCGUCACAGGACAGCAAGAGGUCAACCACUUAGUUCGGAAGUUGAAGGCAUCGUUCCCGUACCGCAAAGAUGUGGACUACUCCAAGCUAAUCACCAAGCGCAGUGUCUGUGAUGAUAAACAGGCCGACGCCCUUGACUCCGAGCCCGAGGAUAUAGAAUCUGAUGAUGACGAGGUAGAAAAGGAAAUGAAACGGUCGCGGAAAGCGAGAAAGAAAGCGAAACAGAAAGCGCGAGCUCUGCCCAAGAUUAAUUUAGACGACUACGAUAUGCCGGCUGAUGAUGGGCAGGCGGAUCUUGUUGCCAGUGAUGAUGACAGUGAACAUCUAAGUGAUUCAGAUACGGAAGACAGUGCGCUUACAACAGAGAUAAAGUCAUGUCGCCAGCCGCUGUGGGCUCUUCCGUUGUACUCCAUGCUCAGCUCCUCCAAGCAGGGCCGGGUGUUCGCGCCGCCGCCCCCAGGGGCUCGCCUGUGUGUCGUCAGCACCGACGUGGCGGAAACUUCGCUCACAAUCCCCGCAAUCAAAUACGUCGUUGACACCGGCAAGAAGAAGAUGAAAGUGUACGACCACAAGACGGGUGCGAGCGCGUGGCGCGUGGUGUGGUCGUCGCAGGCCAGCGCCGAGCAGCGCGCGGGGCGGGCGGGCCGCACGGGCGCCGGCCACGCCUACCGCGUGUACAGCGCUGCCGUGUUCCAGCACCGCUGUGUGCCGCACCACGCGCCCGACCUGCAGCGCCGCCCCGUCGACGACCUGCUGCUGCAGAUGAAGUGCAUGGCUAUCGACAAGGUUGUAAAUUUCCCAUUUCCGACUGCUCCCGACCGAAUGCAACUCCGGCUUGCGGAGAAGCGACUUGAAGUGCUCGGAAUCUUGGAGAAAGCCGAAUCGAGGAAUAAACGAACGGACGACGAAGAGGUGUUAAAAGUGACGGCUCUCGGCAAGGCGGUGUCGGCGUUCCCGCUGCUGCCCCGAUACGGCAAGAUGCUGGCUCUGAGUCAUCAACAGAACCUGCUGCCGUACACCAUAGCGCUGGUAUCUGCUCUCACCGUCCCCGAGGUCAUGAGCGGCACGGCCGACAGCUGGCCCGCGAGCGGCCACGGGCUGCUGUUGGGGGACCCGGGCGUGCUGCUGCGGGCCGUGGGCGCGGCCGAGGUGGCGCACUGCCGCGGGGAGGAGGGGUUCUGUGCCAAGUACGGGCUGCGGGAGAAGGGCCUUAAAGAGAUUCGCAAGAUCCGCAAGCAGCUGACAAGCGAGAUAGCUUUGAGUGUGCCGGGCGUGAGUGUGCGAGUGGACCCGGAGCUGAAGCCGCCUGAUGAUGGGCAGGCGCGGCUGUUACGACAGCUACUGCUGAGUGGACUGGGUGACCAGGUCGGCAAGAAGAUCGCACUCACUGAAGUUAAAGAAGGAGAAGACAAACGGAAAUACAAGUACGCGUACCACUGUGGAGACUUGGACGAGCCGGUCCACCUCCACUCGGACAGCAUCCUGCGGCGAGUGAUCCCGGAGUGGAUCGUGUUCCAGGAGAUGUACGAGACCGGCGCCGACCACCGGCGCAAGAUGGUGGUGAGGAAUGUGGCGGCCGUGGAGCCCGAGUGGCUGCCCGUGUAUGUGCCGCAGCUGUGCAGCCUGGGUGACCCCUUGUCGGAUCCGGAACCGAGGUAUGACGAGAGGUCCGGCCGAGUGCGGUGCCAUUUUAAGGGAACGUUUGGCAAAGCGGCCUGGGAGCUACCGCUAGUUGAGAUUGACUAUCCAGACAGGGUUGAGAGGUACAAAUGGUUCGCGAGGUUCCUACUCCAGGGCGCGGUGUUCCCAAAGCUCAAGAAGUACGCUUCGUCGCUCCUCUCACCACCGUCUACUAUGAUCAAGUCUUGGGCGAAACUCCAGCCAAGGACAGAAGUCCUCCUCAGGGCGCUUGUCUCCGAGCGGUGCGGCACCAGGGAGCAACUGAGGAAUGUGUGGGAGGAGAAAAGUAAAUAUUUACUGGAAGAAUAUUUACAGUGGGUUCCCGAGUCGGCUCACAAUGACGUCACGUUGUAUUGGCCGCCAUUAUGAUACAGAUUAUAAAUGUUGGAAAUAUUUGUUAUUAUUAAAUGAUUUAUACUUCA